AUGCCACGACCGAAGUCCUUCAUUUCGAGCCUCUUGGCAUUCUUCUUUCUUCUUACACUCGUCCUAUCUCACUCAUGGGUCGAGCAACUCAAUGUCAUAGCUCCAAAUGGCACUAUGAUCGACCCACCAGGCUUCCCGCGAGGCAAUGCUCCAAGAGGAGCCGGUUUCAGCGACACCCAAAUCGUCAAUCUUGUCAACAAGGGCCCUGAUGUCGUUCCAACGGAUAUGAUGUGCAGACCCUCCCAGCAGAACUACGAAGCCAAUCCAAGAAGUCCACGUCUUCAAGCCGCUGCAGGUCAAGCCGUUGCUCUGCGGUACCAAGAGAAUGGCCAUGUCACCCUUCCACAGAACAAUCCAGGCAAGCCGGACAAUAGGGGCACGGUCUUCGUCUACGGAACCUCUAAUCCACAGCCUAGCGACACGUUGAUGGGCGUUCACAGACAGUGGACCGCAGACGGCAAAGGUGGCGAUGGACGAGGUCGCCUGAUCGCUACGGCCAACUACGACGAUGGACAAUGCUAUCAAGUCAAUGGCCAACAGAUCUCACAACAGAGGCAGCAACAAUUCAAGCACAGCAUUGCUGCACCUCAAGGCGCUGAUCUGUGGUGCCAGAACGACAUCAUGCUUCCUGCCGAUCUUCCUGCUGGCAAGCCUUUCACCUUGUACUGGGUUUGGGAUUGGCCUACGAUGCCGGGAACUCCUGGACUCCCACAAGGCAAGCAGGAGAUUUAUUCUACAUGCAUGGACAUCGACAUCGUUCCGAAUUCGAACAAUGCCCAGGGUACGCUGAACGCAAAAUCAUACAACAUAGUUCCACAGGACAUUGGCAACGCUGCUGUUGCCUCACAGCUGCAGCAGCUCGGCAACGCAAACGCUGUGCUCAAUCCAGCGGCGAUCCCGUUCAAAGGUCAGCCGAGUUCUUCUGUGAACGAUGGCGGUUCAGGUGCACCUCCGCCACCACCUCAAUCGCAAGGUCCGUCAAAUGGAGGCCAGAACGGAGGCCCCAGCCAAGGCGAUGCAGGUCAGGCUACUCGACCACCUGACAAUGGCAGUCGCCCACCCUUUGCCGCUGCUCCUGGCGUCUUCGCAGGAACUCCAGAGUUCGGUACAGGUAGCGGCACUUCAAUCAGCCCCAACGGCGGCAGCGGCACCAAGAGUGGUAUACAAGACAAUCAACAGCCUCCUGCUGGCCCAGCGCCAACGGUUGGUCCAAUUGGCAGACCAGGAAACGUUGUCACUGUCAGUGAAUGGGUAACGGAGACAGUGUACAAGACGAAGUAUGGUCGGAAUGACAGUGAGUCUACCACCUCUCCUUCUGUUGCCCCAGCAUCUGCUCCGGUCUCGCUUCCAACGGUAUCGAGCUCGACCUCUGGCGGCAUGGCCUCUGUCACUACAACUAGAUCAACCUCACCCAAGGCAGUGAUAACCGCAGGAGACGUUACCUACCAGACGGCCAGUGUCGUCACGGCUUUCUUGGAGACUCUCAUGCCACCUUUCAGGAACAUAUCCUCGACAAUGCCAGCAGUGAGCUCGGGAAUCAGCAGCACUGGAGCCGUCAAGGUUGUGCCCCUAUCUGGAAUUGCGCCAGCACCAAACGUGAGCCCCAACUCGACGUUGCCACAAGUUAAGCCCAUACAGCGUCGAGCCCAAAGUAGUGCCACGUACCAGGUCGUGGCCGUCACGGAUCCACCCGCUGCUUUGGGCGGCUCUUCGACAACGACGCCGCCACGCACUACCCGGACGUGGACGAGGGUCCCAACUUUGAUCCGCACAAUCUAUCGUUCUGUGAAUCAUGAUGAUGAUGGAUUACAAGCGCGGACCGAAGCUAACGAGCCUCGAACAGACACCGAACUGCCUCCUACCGCGACUGCCGGUUCCGUCGAGGCUCGAUCCACCUCACAGCCUUGUGCAAGACGGCGACCUGUGCCGUUCAGGAUACGAGGUCGCGCGCCGCUGUAUAUCCUGCCGGAUGAGGUUGAGGAGCAGGUUGGUGGCGAGGACUGUUAG